AUUAAACAGAAAUGGUGAAGAAGAAAUGAUCCUGUUUUUGUCUCCUAAACGCGUUUGAAGCACGGAACAAAUAAAUGAAGUAAAGCUCCAUGGAAUUUGAAGAAAGCAUCUUAGUCCAACUCACCGAUGAUAUGCAGCUAUCAGUGGAGGCGGAAGCCAAAGAUUUAAUGACUUUCCACUGCCAGCGGUGUAACAGGGUGCUCGGAGACUCUCUCAGCGUUUGCGGGGAACUCAAAAGUUUGGACUUCUUGAUGUGUCUGAAGGUAACGGAUGACGUGAUUGUCACUGAUGAAAUGGAAUACUCGGGGCAUAAGGGGAAACUGGCUCAUUGCAUCUACAGCGCUCUAAAAUGCAGAGGCUGCUGCUCUGCUGUUGGGAAAGUUGUUCAUUCAGCCCCGCUGCAACUGGCUGUGAUUCGCUCCGUCUUCCUCCUCUUCAAAGCAAACAUCAACUGCUACAUCCUCAACUGCGGCUUGAUGGUGACGGCGUCCUCACUCAGUUUUGACCUGAAGCCUCUCCAAGAAGACAUGAAUGAGGUGAAACAGACAUUUGAAGAGCAGUUUGAUAAGAUGUCACAGAUAAAGAGCAGACUGUCUGACGGGAGCACCACCACAGAAAUGGACAAAUAGCGUGAACGUACAGAUUGUCUCCAGUCCUGUGUUCAAGACCAUGUUCUCAUUUGGUUUGAUCUUUUGUAUAUUUGUUCAUAUUUGGUUUGGUGUUCAUUAAAUCUAGUGGAUGACACUGCAGGUGACACUAAUUUUACUUGGGCACACGUCAGAAUGUCAGCAUAAUAAAGUUAACGUUAGAUACAGUUUUUACUGGAAUAAACAAUGCGUAGUCGUCAAAUUGGCACCAUGCUGCAUUUAUUGCUGAAUUUCUGAUACAGAUUCUUUUAAUACUUGAUACAUAGCCAGACAAGAGGCUCACACGUACUCAGCAUGCCCGUUUCCUCUCUCUGGAGUGCAUAGAUUCUACACGUCCACCUCCUCAGUGGAAAAGUUGAACAAAGUAACGUUGCUAAACAUUAAUUAAGCUUUGUUUUCUUGGGAACAGAGGUUUGAUCAGUGCCACACUGUGGUGCUUCUUCCACUUUGAUCCUUCAGACAGCAGCAACAAUAAAAACCAGCUCCUGUUAACGUAUUUGACUUUAAGUGGUGUAGUUUGCGUCCGCUCAGAAGUGAUUAUCAAAGCUCAGAAUCCCCAAGCAUUUUACGCAGUAUCUCAUACGAACACUUCAUGAUCCUACUUACACUCAUUCACAUUACAAAAUUGGAUUAUUGCAUGCAAUACAAAAA